CAAACUGUACAUGUAUAUAAAAAGGGUCAAAUCUACGGAGAGGUGUCCCUGGCUGGCUGUGACGUCACUAGUGCAAACAAACAUUACGUGUGUGGUGUUGUGUUGACCUGCGGGGCUGCCAUAGAUUUUGAGGGCUGGUAAAGCAUCGGUUCGUCGCUGGCAAGUGAAGAGAGCAAAAAGAUGCCUAAGAAGUUUCAAGGAGAGAACAGUAAAUCGGCUGUGGCAAGGGCUCGGAGGUCAGAGGCUGUAGCACAAGAAAAGCAGAAGAAGGAUAAGGCUCUGGAGGAUGCAUACUGGCAAGAUGAUGACAAGCAUAUACAGAAGAAGCUUGCAAGGAAGGAGGAACGUGAGAAGAAGCGCCUGGCUGAGCUGGACAAAAAAGCAGAAAUUCGGGCCUUAGCAGAAGAGGAAGCAAAAGAGUUGGCUCCAAAGGCCACGCCUCAAAAGGUCACUGCAUACCAGCUUCAGAAAAAUAGAGAAAAUCUGGCAGCGAUGGAGAAUGAAAAGGAGAAGGUCCCAACCCACCUUGAAACGCCUCUGGUGGAAAACCUCAACAGGACCAUGGAAGAUCAGGUAGAAGGAAGUGGCAUUGACGCUGCCAUAACUGCCCUCAGCGUACAAGAUACUCCAUCGGAAGAUCGUCAUCCAGAGAGGAGGAUGGCGGCUGCAUUCAAGGCCUAUGAGAGUAAAAGGCUUCCUCAGCUCAAGAAAGAGAACCCUUCCCUGCGGUUAUCUCAGCUCCAGAAGAUUCUGAAAAAGGAAUGGCAAAAGAGUCCAGAAAACCCUCUGAAUAAGCAGUAGAAGUAACUGGAGCAGAAAGGGAAAGUGCCAGCUUUAAGUGAUAGUUGUAUGUCCAUACUGGACAGUCACAGACAAGAGUUCCAACCCAUCAGUGAGUCACAGUGUGAUUCACCAUGGAUUCAUGGCAUAUCUCAACAGUUUAUCUACCCUUGUGAAGUAUUAUGGUGUCAUUAUCAUCAUUAUGGGGGAAAAAACUUUUAUAUUAGUCUUUUUUAUUUGGAUUAUGGCAGGAUUGUAUCAUUUAAAUUAGUGAAGAAUCUGGUGAGUUACUCAUCUUGUAAACAUAAUGGUUUUAGCAUUAUGUUGCCAAACUUCUUUUGAAUAUCAAUGAUUUGUUGGUGAUACCUACACAGACAUCAUUAUUGAAUAGCCUUUUGAACUAACUGUGGAUUACUUUAUUAAACUUCCUCAAAGAAUUACAAUAGUUUACCUCCAAUUUUUUUUGUUUGCAUGUGCCUCUGUCCAGCGCCAGAUAGAGCUACCAUUGGGCCCUGGUGCUGCAAGUAAUUCCGGGCCCAUAAGUAUCAACAUGCGAGCCCAGAGCCAGUUCAGCCCGGGCGGCCGGGCCCCUUAUGAGGCCAGGCCCUGGUGCUGAGAUACCAGCUCCCCCACCUCUCUCAGGCCCUGCCUCUGUCCACAUUGCUUUGAUUUUGUCACCUUACAUUUUGUUAUUAUAAUUUGUUUGGAUGAAUCCUCACAUACCUCAUUUACAUCAAAUGCAAGUGAAAAUAUGUCAAUAAACAUUUGAUAAUUUUGCUUAAAGUAUCCUAAAUUUAUCUGUCUGGUAGACUGUGUUACAAAAUUAAGCAGUAGAUGUGCUAGGUAAAUUUUUUAUAUUUUUUAUGUACUGGUUAGUAAGUAACAUGAACACACAGUCAAAUCCCAGCCCAGGCAGUCGGGUAGCAGCACACCCAACUGUUCAUCUUCCUUUUUGUGCUGGUAGAUAAAUGGGUACUUGGAGAAAUCUGGGGUAGAUAAACUGUGGUAACCUGGACAUUGCACCUGCCCUGUGUCCUGGGGCAAUGCAUCCUUACCCACCACAGGCUCAAGGGCCAGUACAGUGGAGAUGAGCUUCUUGGCUACACGCAGCUAUAUCGUAUGCCCCCAACUUUACCUUUACCUACAAAUUCCCAGUCUGAGACACAUGGACCUCAGCAUGAAAAUAUCCACCCUGCUGUGGUGAGCUAGUGGCAUUCUUUUACUUCUUUGUGCUGGUGAUGGCUAAGGCAUAGUGUUAGUUCAGGAAUUAUUAUUUUUUUCUUAAAAAGGGAAAGUUUCAAAGUGUGGUGUUUAUUGCUAGGACUUGCACUAAAGAUUUCUUGAGUUUUAUUAAAUUGCUUUCUCCUUAUACUUGCAGAAUGAAGGAGAGUUAACAGUGGUUUCUCUGCCUAUUAUGGGGCAGUGUAAACUGAAGCAUGCAUUUGUGAUCUCAGUGUCUCAGAGAUGAGCUUCUUAGAAAACAUAUUUGAAGUAACUUUCUUUACAGCAUGCAUGAUAUAACGCAAUAUUUUUGAAGAGCAACAUAGCUAAGAGGUUGUUAGAACUUUUAAAAAAUCAUUUUGGAUUAUCUUCACAAGGAAAGUCAGUGUAAAUACCUAACUGACAUGCAAUUCUGCCUCCCUUUCUCUUCCUGGAGGGUGUGCAUAGAUGAAGGUUUACUGUUGAUGUUUGAACAACCUGUCAGAUAGGCAUGUGUGUUGACAGGGAAGCUCCAACCACCACCACUAGAGCUCCACUGCAGUAGGAAAGCAAAGUCAAAAAGUCUAGGCUUUCUGCACCUCUCUGCCAUUACUUGCUUAGAUCAUACUUGUCCAGAUUGUAGCCUGUAUAGAUGAUGCUAAUGGGUUACAAAUAAAGGGAAAGGAAAUGCUUAAUAUUGUGGAACUGUUGAAUGAGGGUACAGUAUUGUGUUGUCAAGUGUCAAAUUUUACUGACGACAAGUUUCAGCUGCUGUGAAUUAAAUUAACUUCCAUUGCUUUUGUUUGUGCUUCAAGAAAUAAUACUUUAAUAUGGUAAAAUGAAGGUACUAAGUGAAGUUGGGAAGAUGCUUGCCAUGUAUAGUUACUCACCUGCUGAACAUGACUCUACCUGCUCAACAACUGACUCCCUUUUGGCAGCUUAAGGUCACCUGUAUGCCAUCCAUCAACCCUGAUUGCAGUUGUGACAGGACAAGUGGAAUAAUGGAGAGGUAACCUGACAUAAAGAUAUGCCCCCCAAAACAUGUCAUUUUUCACCGAUCUGCAUCACCCAUAAAACCUAAGGAAUGUGAACUUAGAAAAAAAGGCUGUUUAAUUUCAUUGGCCUCUAAGAACAUGGCUAUUUUACAGAAUGAGUACUAUUUAGUUUAUUUUAUUAGAAUCACAUUUUGUUGAACUAUAUCCUGCAUUAUAUUCAGUGACUGGUUUAGUUUGCAGAGACUGAGUACUUUUUUAUCAAGCAUUUGUCUCAAGAUUUGGUUCAUCCUUAGGCAGUAGCUAUGUUGCGGGAUAAAAAUGCUGGAAAACUAAAUUCUCAAAGUAUAUAGGACUGACUUUUGUAUUGGGAUGUUCAGUGACCUAGUUGUAUCGGCCACCACUGCUGCAUAGCUUACUUUAUGUAGCACAAAAAAAGCAUCUUGAUACCAUUUUCUGCUUUUGUUGAAUAUUAAUAUGUUUGGCUAAAGUAGCCCCUGUUAUCAAUCAGUUUGUUACUAUAUUUAUAUAAUAUUUGCUAUUUUGGUUGUUAUAAAGUAGAAUUGCCUGUGAUAAAGAGUCCAGAUAAAACAUUGUGAUUUUCAAGAUUUAUAUUGCACGCACAGACUAAUAUGACCAUGUGAUGUGUGUCCACAACUUGUUUUGUAAAUGUUGUCAUGUAUUCUGUGUGGAGUGGGACUAAUAAAGUACAGGUUCAGGGCUAACGUUAGGCAUGGACCGGCAACAAGCUGGGUGUAUUGCCAGGGCCAACAUAUAGGUUAUGCUGGCUCUGGUAGGCAAGCAUAACUCCAUAUGUUGGCUGUGGCAGUACAUGUGGUCACCGAUCACUAAGCAGCACGAUAACCUGCAUGAUCUCUGUCCAUAUGGCUUCUUCCUGUGUCAUGUUUUUAAGAUUAAAUAUGACAUCCUAAUACAUA